AAUGUGCUGGUUAUGACGGUUAAUUCAAUUGGUGCAGUUUUUCAAAUAACGUACAUUAUCAUCUUCAUCGUGCAUGCCGAUAGAGAGAAAAAGAUUAGGAUGAUUGGGUUGCUACUGGCAGUUUUUGGCUUUCUGGCAAUCAUAGUUGCUGGAAGCUUGCAGAUAGCCGACCGAGGAAUGCGAUGGAUCUUUGUUGGGUUAUUAAGUUGUGCUUCUCUCGUAUCAAUGUUUGCUUCCCCGUUGUUUAUAAUCAAUUUAGUAAUUCGAACAAAAAGUGUUGAAUUCAUGCCAUUCUAUCUCUCCCUCUCAACAUUCUUGAUGAGCACCUCGUUCUUCCUAUAUGGCAUCUUUAACUUCGACGCCUUUAUUUAUGUUCCAAAUGGAAUCGGAACUGUUUUGGGGAUUCUGCAACUCAGGUUGUAUUUCUACUAUAAAACAAAGUCUGUCGAAGAAUCCCGAGAACCACUCAUGGUGUCACAUGCGUAACUCUUGCUUUUUCUUUGAAUAGGUAAUUACCUCUAUAUUCUGCUUCGAUGAUUUUCCGUUUGUAUGCUGGUGCAAAGUUUUUUGAUGUUG